GGGGUGGGGGAGAGGCGUCAUUCCUGGAACCCUCGGACUUCCUUUCUGCCGGUCUGGGUCAUCUGUCUGCCCACCCGUCGCUGGCCCCAGGCUCGCUCUCUGGCCCCAGCCCUCUCUCCCUCUCUCAGCAGCUGUCUCUUUCGUGCCCGCUGGCCUGUCUGUCCUUCCCCGCAGUCGCCUCCUUCUCCGCCUGCCUGGGUGGCCGCCAUGGGCCGGAAGCGGCUCAUCACUGACUCCUACCCAGUAGUGAAGAGGAGGGAGGGCCCCGCUGGGCACAGCAAGGGGGAGCUGGCACUGAAGCUAGAGGAAGAGCCCGAGCCCCCGCCCCCGAGCGUGGAUGAAGCGGAGCUGGAGCUGCUGAGGCAGUUUGACCUGGCCUGGCAGUAUGGGCCCUGCACAGGGAUCACACGGCUGCAGCGCUGGCAUCGGGCAGAGCAGAUGGGCCUGGCGCCACCGCCAGAAGUGCGCCAGGUGCUGCAGACUCACCCCGGGGAUCCCCGCUUCCAGUGCAGCCUCUGGCACUUCUACCCCCUUUGAAGCAUCACCUAAGACCUCUGCCUGCUACUUGAGAACCUCAGGACGUAAGCCAGUGCCAGUUGCUGCCCCUUGGCUCAGCUCUGCUGUGAAGUUUGGCAGGAAGAGUCUCAGAGGAAAGGAAAGAGGCUGAAUCUGGAGAGCUCUGCCACUCAGCCCUGCAUCUCCCCGGCAGGCUCCUGGGGCCCCUGCUGAGAACGACACAGCCAGAGCCAAGCACCUCCUACGUGGAGAGUGGUCUCUGAGGCCAAGGACCUGGCCAUGACCCUUCCGAAGGCUGCCACACGCCUGACCCGAACACCGUGGUUCUUGGGAUGAUGUGGCAAAUUAGGCACAGCUUUGGGCAGAACCAGACUCAGGCAGAAGGCAGAUGAUCUAAGAGGCAAAGUUUAGGCACUCCCCGCUCCAGGCUGGGAGUCUGAGGGCAGAACUGGUUGAGCUCACGGGGCAAGGGGGUCGCUAAUGCUUAUCAAUAAAGAACUCUGAGCCUGGAA